CAUGUGUUUACAAAUUAUAUUUUAUUUUCUAACUUCUGUAACCUUAAAUUAGUAUUACAUUUUAUCUUGUGAAUAAUGGCCAAAGUUAAAAACAAGCGCAAUGCUGGAUUAGCUGAUAAGGUCCAUAAGAAGAAAUUAGAAGGGGUUAAAAAGAAGUUAAAUCCAUUUGAAGUACAUAUAAAUAAAGAAAAACUUAAAGUUUUAGGAAAGAAAUCUAAACAUGAUCGUGGUUUACCGGGCGUUUCAAGAGCUAAAGCUAUCCAAAAGCGCAAAGAAACAAUUGGAACUGAAAUGAAACUGUUAAACAAGACAAACACUUUUAUUGACCGUCGUAUUGGUGAAAAAAGUAACAAUCUCUCUGCUGAAGAUCGCAUGAUUGCGAGAUUUGCAGCAGAAAGAGCAAAGCAACACAACAAAAAAAGUAUUUAUAACUUAGCUGAUGAUGAGAUACUUACACACAGGGGACAAACAUUGGAGCAAAUUGAGAAGUUUGAUGACCCUCGAUCUGAUGAUGAAGAUGAGGACAAACCUUUUGGUGGAUUGGAUGAUGAUUUUGUAUCUGAAGGCCAUUUUGGAGGUGGCAUUCUCUCAAAAACAGAAUCAAAAGAUGGGGCAAAAUCACAUAAAGAUUUAAUAGAACAACUUAUAGCCGAAUCAAAAAAGCGCAAGGCUGAAAAACAAAAAGAAAAAGAACAAACAUUGGAUUUGACUGAGAAAUUAGAUAGUGAAUGGAAAGAUUUAAAGCCAGUUGUGUUUAAGAAGCAGAGUGAAUCCUUGAUUGAUAAGCUCUUGGCUGAUGCUGAAAAAGGACAGGAUUAUGAUAAAAUGAUGAGAGAGCUUAAAUUUGAUAGGAGAGGGACCCCAUCAGAUGCAUUAAAAAGUACAGAAAAGCAGCAAGAAGAAGAAAGGAAGAAAGUAGAAGAGAUGGAGAAACAAAGACAACAGAGGAUGAUGCCAGAAGAAGAAAUGCCUAAAACCGCCAAACCCACUGUUAAACAUAGGUCUGCAGAUGACUUGGAUGACAACUUUGCAUUUGACGAUGAGAAAGAGAUAAUGCUAGCAUAUGACAAGGAUGGCAAACCAUUAUUACCCGACCAUAUAUUGAAAGAUUACAAUGUGCCUAAUGCAAAAAAGAAAUUUGAUGAUGGAGUAUCUGACACAUCUUCAGAGGAAGGUGAUGAAAGUAAUGACGAAUCGGGCAGCGAUAACGAAUUUAAUGGUGAAGCUGACAGCGAAGACUAUGAUGAAAAUGAACAAAAAUUUGAAGAAAGCAAAGAAAUAGAGGAAAACAGCAAUAAUGGGAGUGACUUAAAAGUGUUUGAAAGUGAUGUCGAUGACGACAAAAGCAACUCCAAUAAUGAAGAAAAUGAGAAAGUUGAAAGUUCCAGUCAAAAUAAACUAAAACGCAAAAUAUCGCAUUGUGAAAUAAUACCUAAAAAAGUUAAAACAAUAAGCGAAGGUAGUGAUGAGAUUCUUGAAAAUCAUAUGAAUGAGAAUAAUGAGAAUAUCAGGAAGGAAAAUGUAAAAAGUGAUAAAAACUCUGAAGAUGAAAUUGAUGAUGAUGAUGAGAGUGGUGAUGAUGAAAGUAAUGAAGAUUCAGAAGUUGCCGGGAGUAAUAGUGUUGAGAAAGAAGAAAUGGAUGUAGUUGAAGAAGAACUUGGUUCUGUCUUUGAUGUGAAGUCUGCUGAAGGGGAUAAGCUGAAGGAAUUAUUAACGGGUAAAACGCCUUCUCAGCAGUCAACCGCGUUAUCUAAAUUAAUCAAAAGUUACGACCCUAGUUUAUCGCCAAACAACAAAGAGAUAUUGAGUAGAUUAUUCGCACAUCUAUUACAAUAUGUUCACGAUAUAUUUACGGAUUUGAACGAUGAGGGUGAUAUUAUAAAAGCAUUUUUAAUUUUUGAUAAAGUUGCACCAUAUUUUUAUGAUCUAAUUCACAUUAAUAAAGUAUCCACUAAGAAAUUUAUAGUAGAGUUACUCAAAGAAAAACACGAUCAAUUCAAACGUAACCCUAAAAAAGUGCCGGAUUUAAAUACAUUAAUAUUUUUUAAAUUAGUCUCCUUGCUUUACCCCACUUCCGAUUUUCGCCAUCCGGUCACAACACCAUCUUUAAUUUUUAUGACUGAAAUUUUAAGUUUAUCUCGGUUUAAAGAUGCAUAUUCAGUUUCUAGGGGACUUUUCAUUUUAACAAUGAUUUUAGAAUAUACAGUCCUAUCGAAACGUUUCGUACCGUCAGCAUUAAAUUUUUUAAGGGGAUUAUUUUAUUUGUCCGCGAAUACGUCGGUUCUCAAUCCAGUGCAAGUCGUUCCGCCGUUCCGGUUACAUAAAGAUAGUAAAAUUUUAAAUUUAGAACAAGAUUGUUCCAAAAUGGAAGUUGAUGACAAAAUGUCGGCAAAGGAUUUAGUGUGUGAAAUGGACGAUGCCUUUAAAAUAAAAUGUUUACAUAAUUCAGUUCUCAUGUUAAGGGAAUUUUUCAAUAAUUAUAUAGAGAUCGACGCGUUAAAAGCGUUAUUUGAGCCACACAUGCAGUUGUUAGGUCGGAUAGAUAUAGAAUGGUAUCCGAAAAAGAUUGUUUCUAAAGUGACAAAAGUUCUUCAACAUAUGAAGGAAACACUAGAAACGAAAACUUACGCGUUAAUAACAAGAGAAAAAGUUAGGCCGAAGGCUUUACGUUUAUACGAACCGGAUAUCCAGGAAGUUUUUACUGGAGGUAAAUUAUCAAAACUGUCUCGUGAUGCCUCAGAAAGAAAGCGACUACAGGGCAAAUAUAAAAAGGAGAUGAAGGGUGCGCUAAGAGAAAUAAGAAGAGACAAGUCCUAUAUUGCGUCUGUUAAGAUACGACAAAAGAUACAGAGCGACAACGUAAGAAAAGAGAAGGUAAAACAGAUCUAUAAGGACGCGUCUAUACAACAAGGAGAGUUGAAUAAGUUGAAACGAGGAAAAUGAUUUGUUAAUAAAUGUGCUUCGAAAUUG